UAUCCGGACAUGAUGUGGUUGAAGCUGUCAUCGUAAUGGAAAUUCAUUGCUGUAGCUAUGGUAAAUUGAGUUUUCUGCCUGUGCUGAAUGCAUUAGUCUAAUGAGAUGUUUGCAGCUGGAGAGCUGAGCUGCUGGAGACUUACACUGUACUAAAAGACAGGGAGAAGAUGGCUUUUGCUGGGUCCUUGUGACUGUGCUGAAAGUGCUCUGUCCUUUGGGUCCAAUGCCCAGGCUCUUUAAAGACUCUGCUCAGUGUCUUAGCCUAAACAAUAGGUGUUUUGAAGCUGACUUGGAGGGAGCACGGAGCCCAGGGAUGCGAUGCCUGCGGGCACCUGGCUAGCCCUGCCGCUCCCUCCCUAGCCCCGCUGCCGCCCCAGCCCGCGCCCGCCGUUCGCUGACAGAGGUGAAGCCCGGCGUGGUUCAGGCAGAUGAGCCACCCACCGUGCCUGGACCCAAGCCUGGCUGCUGGGGAGAUGCAGUCCCCCAGGAUGGCAGGGAAGAAGCGAGGGCGGCCCCCGCUCCAGCCAGCGCCCAUCAAAAUGGCUGUUCACAACCUCUGCCCAGCACCAGCCACUGCUCUGCCAGUCAUGAAGAUCCCAAAGAAGAGAGGGAGAAAACCUGGGCACAAGCUGAAAUCUCGUGUCCUGAUGACUCCUUUAGCAAUCUCUCCACCGAGAAGCACGCCAGAGCCGGAUAUUAGCUCAAUCCCCCAGGAUGCAGCUACGGUACCCGACUCGGACACCCCACAGGCUCUCACAGUCUGCAUUUAUGUCAACAAACAAGCGAACCUGGGGCCGUACCUUGACAGAAAAAAGGUGCAGCAGCUGCCAGAGCACUUUGGGCCGGAGCGGCCGGCGGUGGCCCUGCAGCAAGCAGUGCAAGCCUGCAUCAACUGUGCACUCCAGCAAAAGGUGGUCUUCUCCCUCAUCAGGCAGGGCUACGGAGGCGAGAUGGUGUCAGUUUCAGCUUCUUUUGAGGGGAAGCAGCAUCUCCAGAGCCUGCUGGUAGUGAACAGCAUCGGGUACGUCCUGCGCUUCCUGAAGAAGCUCUGUCACAGCCUCCUGUGUGACAAUCUCUUCAGCAACCAGCCUUUCCAGCAGCACAGCGCCGCGACGGAGAGCCCGGAGGGGUUUGAAAACAGGCGGAUGGAGGCAGCUGAGACAGUUAUACCUGAGGACUACCUGGCUGAUGCUCCAAGCAGGAAGCAGUACAGUGCGGAUCCUGCCGACGCUGCCUUGGGCUCCAUGGGCUCCAUGUACACCGUGCGUCAGAGUCCUGCGGAUGGGCACCCUGCUGGAGGCUCCUCUUCCUCCUGUAGCCAUCGUCCUGCCCAGAUGUCUUCAGGGGGGUCCUCAUCUAGUGGCCUGCGGCAUCAGACCUCCAGCCCAACAAGGAAUGGGGCGUAUCUUGAAGGAAACAGAACCUCAAGUCCUUCACCUGAACAAGAAGAUGCAGCUCGGCCAUCAAGCAAGAAUCCUUUGACCUGGACGGUGGAUGACGUGGUUUGGUUUGUGAAGGAUGCAGACCCUCAAGCUUUAGGCCCUCACGUGGAGCUCUUCAGAAAGCACGAAAUUGAUGGCAAUGCUUUGUUACUGCUGAAAAGCGACAUGAUCAUGAAAUACCUGGGGCUGAAAUUGGGACCAGCACUGAAACUGUGUUACCACAUUGAUAAGCUCAAGCAAGCCAAGUUCUAG